AUGGCUGAGCGAGGACUUCAGCUUGACCAGGAGAGGUUUUCCUGUUCAAUCUGUUUGGAUCUACUGAACGAACCAGUGACUACUUCCUGCGGGCACAGCUUCUGUAAGAGCUGUAUUAGGAGCCACUGGGAUGCAGAGGAUCAGAAGGGAACCUACACUUGUCCUCAGUGCAGACAGGCCUUCGUGUCAAGGCCAGUCUUGGGGAAAAACACCAUGUUAGCAGAUUUAGUGGAAGAGCUGAAGAAAAAUGUACUCCAAGCUGCUCCUAAUCCUCAGCAUUAUGCUAAACCUGGAGAUGUGGCUUGUGACGUGUGCACAGAGAGAAAGCUUAAAGCCUCCAAAUCCUGUCUGCAGUGCAUGGCCUCUUACUGUGAGCUCCACCUUCAGCCUCACUAUGAAUCACCAAAUUUUCAGAGACACAAGCUGGUGGAAGCCUUGGCAAAGCUCCAGGAGAACUUGUGCUCUGUUCACAGUAAAGUGAAAGAGAUCUUCUGUUGCAGUGAUCAGCAGUGCAUCUGCUCCGUCUGUGCUAUGGAGGAACAUAGUGGCCACGACACAGUGUCAGCGAUAGCAGAGAGGGCCGAGAGGCAGAGAGAGCUUGGGCCAAGGAGGCUCGAUAUCCAGCAAAGAAUCCAGGACAAAGAAAAACACACAAAGCUCCUUCAGCAGCAGAUGGAGGCCAUCGAUAGCUCUGCUGAUAAGGCCAUGAGGGACACCCAGACCAUGUUCAACCAACUGCACCGAUUGGUGGAGAAAAGAAGCUCUGACGUGCAGCAGCAGAUCAGAUUCCAGCAACAAACUGAACUGAGCCGGGCCAAGGAGCUUCAGAAAAAGCUCCAGCAGGAGUUAACUGACCUCAGAAGGAGAGAUGCUGAACUGGAGCAGCUCUCACAUAUAGAGGAUCAUGGCCAGUUUCUCCUCAGCUACGCCUUACUGUCAGGACUCAGUGAAUCCACACAUUCAGCCAGCAUCAACAUCCAUCCUCAGAGCUACUUCCAAGAGGUGACGGCAGCUGUGUCAAAGCUCAUAAAUAAACUGCAGUGCAUCCUGACCUCCAACAGAGUCCAGAACCUUGGUGAAUCAACAACCAUGGUUGGUGCCACUACCACCACUACCACCAUCCCUCCAGCCUCCAACAGAGUCCAGAACUUUGGUGAAUCAACAACCACGGUUGGUGCCACUACCACCACUACCACCAUCCCUCCAGCCUCCAACAGAGUCCAGAACUUUGGUGAAUCAACAACCACAGUUGGUGCCACCACUACCACUACCACCAUCCCUCCAGCCUCCAACAGAGUCCAGAACUUUGGUGAAUCAACAACCACGGUUGGUGCCACUACCACCACUACCACCAUCCCUCCGGCCUCCAACAGAGUCCAGAACUUUAGUGAAACAGCAACCAUGUUUGCCACCACCACCACCAUCCCUCCAGCCUCCAACAGAGUCCAGAACUUUGGUGAAUCAACAACCACGGUUGGUGCCACCACCACCACCACCGUCCCUCCAGCCUCCAACAGAGUCCAAAACUUUGGUGAAUCAACAACCAUGGUUGGUGCCACCACCACCACCGUCCCUCCAGCCUCCAACAGAGUCCAGAACUUUAAGCCCACAACCAGAGCUGAGUUUCUCCAGUAUUCAAAGAGAAUCACCAUGGACCAAAACACAGCACACAGAGAGCUGUUAUUAUCUGAGGGGCACAGGAGAGUAACAUUUGGGUAUACCAUACUGUCAUAUUCAGAUAAUCCAGAGAGAUUUAGAGAGUGCUCUCAGGUACUUAGCCGAGAGAUUCUGACUGGUUGUUGUUACUGGGAGGUGAAAUGGAAAAGAUUUGUUUCAAUAGCUGUCGCAUACAAUUGUAUUAACAGAACAGGAAAUGAUAGUGAAUUUGGAUACAAUGACAAAUCUUGGUCAUUAGAGUGUGACUGCAAUAGUUAUAAGUUCCGGCACAACAACAUCAUUACUUUCCUCUCAGUUCCUCAGUGCUCCAGAGUCGGGGUGUACCUCGAUCACAGUGGCGGUAUUCUGUGCUUCUACAGUGUCUCUGAAACCAUGACUCUCAUUCACAGAGUCCAGACCACCUUCACUCAGCCCCUACGUGCUGGACUCUGGGUAGAUAUUUCUGGAUCUGCUGAGUUUGUUGAGCUUCAGUAUACAUGUGGUGUCAAUAUUUAA